AGAUCGUGUCCACACGUACGCAAUCAUUUUUUAUGUGUGUGUGUGUGUGUGUGUGUCGUGUGUGAAUACCAGCUGUGGGGUUUUUUCAACACUGUUGUUCAGUAUUUUGAAUCAUUUUAGGUGCCGAUUCCAAUUGUUUCAUUACUUUUAAAUACUAAUUUCUGCCAUUGUACACAUAAUGUGCAUAAAUGUGUGUAAGCUUGCAUACACCAUUUUUUAGUUUUCGGUGAAUUCCUAAAAUUAGUUAUACCAAAUGAGGAAAAGAGAGGAAGCGGCUAGAGACAACUUGACGUACCAAAUGCAACAGGGCAAGGCACAACUAAUAGAAACUGAUCUAGCGACGGUGAUGAAGGAUGCUUAUCCAAAGGCGCAAUAUCAUUUUCUGGUUGUUCCCAAGGAAGAUAUAUCGAAUGUUUGUGCUCUGACACGGGAGCACUUGCCGCUCCUGGAUCAUAUGAUGGAACUGGCCACUCAGAUAAUUGAACAGCAAAAAUACGUGCCCUCCAGCUACUUUCUGGUUGGAUUCAAAAUCGACCCAUUCAGGAACCGAAUCGCUAUGCAUGUCAUAUCAAAUGAUUUCUACUCGGAGUCUAUGCGUCGCAUACAGCAUUGGAACAGCUUCAACACUGACGUCUUCAUCACUUACCAGGCUGUUUACGCCCUGCUCCGUGUACAGGGUUCCAUUGAGCCAAUGUCUCCUGAAAGGGCUAAGGCAUUACGCAAAACUAUGCCAUUGCGCUGCAACCAAUGCGAUUUUGAAAGCCAGAGUCUAGUGGCAUUGAAAACCCACUUGUUUGAGCAUUGGAAGAAGCGAGAAGUUGAACUGAAAAUAAAACAGCAAGUGGACAACAUAACUCGCAUGCUAGACGAAGCAAAAUUGGAAGUGAACCCCAAGCAAGAGCCAGUUGAUGCUCCUCCUCAAGCCAUCAACAAGUCAACGUCGCAGAUAAAUAAGGACAGUCGAAGUCCUGGACUGCAGCCAAGUUAUUCAAAAGGCGCUACAAGCUCGAAACCAGAAACGAAAAUACAAAAUUGGCGCCAAAACAUGGGACAGCAACCGGCUCCAAAUUCAAAUAAUCAUCAGAAUGCACAUUAUAAAAAGGGCGGCGGUGGCCCGUACCACACGCAACAGGAUUACAUCAACUUCAUUCCAGGCCAGAAUGCUAAUUCCAAAUGUCAGCCGCCCGAAUUUAGACAAUUCAAUCAACAGACUGCAAACGGGCCACGGCCCAACUACAACCCGCGUAUGAAUUUUCAGAAUUCCGGAUUUAAGAGGCAUCCCAAUGGGCAGGAUCCUCGGUUUAAUAUAAAUAGACCAAAUUUUUCCAAGGUUAAUUCCAACAAUAUUGUACCACAUAAUGGGCAGACUCGACCCCGAUUCAAUAUUGAACAAGGUAGUUCUGGCCGUGGGUAUCCUGCAGCUCGACAUAACCAGACACAAAACAACUUUGGAUCUGGACCAAGUAAUCAUCCAUCUAGCGUCAUGCAAGUCCGACCCAGUUUCAAUCCAAAACCUCAACAUAACCAAGCCCAAAGCACGGACAAAUCUAAACCAAUGGGCCUUGAAUAUGCAACAAAAUCCAGCAAUGUUGAAUAAGCAUAACGCAAAAUCCGAAUCUCAGCAAAGUAUGGAUCCGAAACAACAAUCUGUUAAUGUUUGCAACGCUCUUUCUGAAGAUCAAGGCAAUGAGCGCAAAGGCAAAGGAAACCCAUUUAAGAAAAAAUUUGUUAAGAAACAAAACGAAAAUCCAGUGAUAUUACAAAAUUUCUGGAUAUUCGCUCUCAUCUAUUAUAUUACAUAUGCGUAUAUGUAUACAUAAUAUUUUCCUAUAAAAAUAACACUAUAUUACCGAUUUUGAUAAUGUCUAUCAAAAUGGAUA